AUGGCUAAGAAAGUGUAUAAAAGCCCUAGUUUCCUAGUUGGGUUGGCAAGAGAAAUAAGUAGGCUUGGUCCAGCUGAAGAUGUGUCCAAAAUUCUUGGGAAGUGGGUGCAGUUCUCGAGGAAAGGGUCCUUGUCAUUAACAAUAAGGGAACUAGGUCAUAUGGGAUUCCACGAGAGAGCUUUGCAAACAUUCUUAUGGGCACAAAAUCAACCUCAUCUCUUCCCCGAUGAUUGGAUUACGGCCUCAAUUGUUGAGGCAAUGAUCAAGGGUUUUAUAAAAGGAGGAAACCUUAGACUUGCGUGGGAGGUUCUAGUAAUGGCCAGAAGGGAUAAAAGAAUGUUGGAUUCCAGCAUUUAUGCUAAGUUAAUAUUAGAACUUGGAAAGAACCCUAACAGACACAGGCGUGUGUUGCCCUUGUUAGAAGAACUUGGAGAACGAGAUGAAUUGAAUUUAAGCCAACAAGAUUGUACCGCUAUAAUGAAACAUAGUAAUGUUCACUUCGUGAUUCACAGUAGUUACACGGAGAAGAAAUACAGAGAGGCAUUGACUGUAGUUUGGGAGAUGGAGGCUUCAAAUUGCCUUUUUGACCUUCCUGCUUAUCGUGUGGUAAUAAAACUAUUUGUUGCUCUGAAUGAUCUAUCUAGGGCAAUGAGAUAUUUUUCAAGACUUAAAGAGGCUGGAUUUUCUCCCACUUUUGGCAUAUACAAGGACAUGCUUCAAAUUUACAUGGCCUCUGGGAGGACUGUGAAGUGCGAAGAGAUCCGCAAGGAGGCUAAUAUAGCUGAUUUGCAGUUGACUUACCCAAGAACAAAGUACAGCUGA